CUAGGCCUUGCUUGGUUGCAGCCAUCUUUGAUUUGGUUUUGGAUUUUACCGAAAUUAAGUAAAAUUCACCAUGUUAACUCGAGGUAUUCAGAGCUUAAGACUGCAAAAUCUUUUACCUAAACAUGUAUCAGCAGCUUUUGUUGGUAUCAGAGGUUAUGCUGGGACAGUAAAUGAGGCUGAAUUUGAAUUAAAAGAGUUUUCUCUUCAUCGCCUUGAUGACGAACUACCCAAGAAAGCAGUGCUUACAAGAGAUGAAGGCCUGAAAUACUACAGUCAGAUGCAAAUCAUCAGACGUAUGGAGACWGCUGCCAGUAAUCUGUAUAAAUCUAAAGCUAUUCGAGGAUUUUGUCAUCUUUACUCUGGGCAGGAAGCCUGUUGUGUUGGAAUGGAGAAUGCAAUAGAGAAAGACGACAGUGUGAUUACUGCCUAUCGAUGUCAUGGAUGGACGUACAUCAGAGGAGUUUCAGCCAAAGAAGUACUUUGUGAACUGACAGGACGUAAGACAGGCUGCACAGAAGGUAAAGGUGGCUCUAUGCAUAUGUAUGGGCAUGAGUAUUACGGUGGAAAUGGUAUUGUAGGUGCACAGGUUCCUCUUGGUGCUGGCAUAGCUCUAGCUCAUCAAUACAGGAACAAUGGGAACAUAUGUUUGACCUUAUAUGGAGAUGGAGCGGCUAACCAGGGACAGUUAUUUGAGACUUACAAUAUGGCCAAGUUAUGGAACCUACCAUGUAUUUUCAUCUGUGAAAACAAUGGUUAUGGUAUGGGAACAGCAGUGGAUAGAGCUGCUGCCACUACAGACUACUACACUAGAGGGGACUACAUUCCAGGCAUAAGGGUUGAUGGUAUGGAUGUCCUUACUGUGAGAGAAGCUAYUAAGUUUGCUGCAAACUAUGCAAGAUCUGGAAAGGGCCCAAUUUUAAUGGAAAUGAAGACAUAUCGUUAUUAUGGACACAGUAUGAGUGACCCUGGAACUAGCUAUCGUACAAGAGAUGAGAUACAGACAGUGCGUAAGACAAGGGAUCCAAUCACAUCUCUAAGAGAGACACUGUUGGAGUCUGGGUUAGCAGACACAGAGGAUAUUAAGCGAAUCGAGAACGAAGCAAAAGAGGAAAUCGACGAUGGUGUAAAAUCAGCUCUCAAUGACCCCGAACCCCCACUGGACGACCUCUACCUUCACAUAUAUUCCGGGGGGACAAUGAAAGAUGUGCCAGUAAGAGGAUGUGACAAUAUGUCAUGGAAUGCUACGAAUUAAGCCAUAUAUGGUAUGAUAGAUCCGACUGUUGGUURAUAAUGGAAAGCUACCAUUGUGUGCGAUGUGUAGCGGGCUUCCUGUGGUUUUAUUUAGGAUAUCCCUGGUAACGAGCGAGCAAUCUUGUACAAACUAGUCAUUUGUGCUUGUUGCCAGAAUAUAAAUUUAAGAGAGGAGAAAUUUUAACGCUUAGUCGUGAAUGAAAAMCCUGUAAAAAAUGAAUUGUUUUAUUUUGUAGAGAUAAAAAUUUUCCAUUCAACUAUAAUCMUGUAAAAAUCGGAAACUUGAAUGAAUUAAACAAAACUUCAUUUUUUUGA